UAUAGACUUGGGAGUUGAGUUUGUGUGACUUUUAUGUGAAGUUAGUGUGUGUUGUGCAAUAUCUGAAACUCAUCUUCCGCUUUUGCUUCCUUAUACUUUUCUCAAUCAUCAAUUUCUGUCAUGUCCGACGCUUACUGGAGAUACGCCGAGUCCCGCCACGCGCCGUCUUCCAUCGCCGGCAAGCGCUCCCGUUCCGACUACGAUGUCUCUGGCGUUCAUGACUUGCCCAGUUACUAUCCCCAUGAUGAUGAUAGAGGAGGGCUCCGAGUAGUUAGAGAUACUGAAUCCCUUGAUGCAUCCUACGAGCGUUAUCUCCGUAGUGCGCAAGUUUCUUCUUAUGGUCCGGGACAGUCUACUAGAACUUUUGGUGGGCGAGUUCCCAGCCGUUCUAUUGAUGAUUCACAUGUCACAAGUAUUGGGGGAGUAGAUCGAGGAACAAAUGCAAAAGACAAAAUCCUGGGAUUCAGUAGUGGAAGGGAUGACUAUUCUCUUCCACCUGAUGCUACCAGUACACUAUUUGUGGAGGGUUUACCUUCCAACUGUACGAGACGGGAAGUAGCUCAUAUUUUUCGUCCUUUUGUUGGCUACAAAGAAGUCAGACUUGUUAGCAAGGAAUCAAGACAACCUGGGGGUGAACCAUUGGUACUUUGUUUUGUCGAUUUUAUGAGUCCAGCUCAUGCAGCAACCGCCAUGGAAGCAUUGCAGGGUUACAAAUUUGAUGAGCUUGACCGCAACUCGGUUAAUUUAAGGUUUCAAUUUGCUCGCUAUCCUGGUGCGAGGUCAGGUGGCGGGCAUCGUGGCAAGCGUUGAAUUAUGCAAUCUACAGGAUUCACUCAUAUUGGGGAGGUUAUGAUUAUGAGAGGCAAGUGAUCAGCCUUGGAGUCGAGAAUUACAGUUGCUUUCGUUAGGACCAAGUCGAACCUUGUGAUAUUCGUAUGUGGGGGCUCGCUAGACAUUCAGAUUGUGCAUUUGUUUGUGAAAGUUGUUUAACUUAUUUAGUAUAAAUUCUUCAAAUUGUCAUGUUCGGUACAACUUUUUUUGAUGGUGUUUCACUGCUCUUGCGUAUAUCUGGGAAUAAGAAGCAUGCUUUUCAUGCAUGUUUCUAGUGAUCCUUUUAGAUAUCAAAUACUGUUUGUCGAUUGUUAAUUUUGUUAGAUCACUUUUAAUAGUGGCUAAUUAGACAAAUAUCGGUGCACUCAUUCUUGCUUUGUCCAAAACCAAUCUAUCUACAUGCUUCUCUCAUCUACAUUUUUUCAGCUUAAUAUGAUUUAAUUUAUAAUUUGUCGUUUUAAUAUGAAAUGUCUGUAAAUUUGCUUUCCUAAUUAAUAUUUUUCAUUUUACAAUAAAAUUUUCCUGCCUUUCUUGAAAACAUGUUCCUCAGACUGUUGAGGUAUGACUUUUGAUUCAUGUAUUUCUGUAUUCCAAGUUGUCAGUGUUGGGUUUAUAGGUAUGUUUUUUUUGGUGGGUUUCGUUUGUGGGACAUGUAGUACUAGAGAUGUCAUUGUAGGCUUGUCUCGAUCUUCUAUUAAAGUACUGGCAGUAAUGACCUGCUAAUCAUAGGAGUGAUAAUAAUAUGAUGAUGAGAACGGUUUACAUGUUUGUUCUGUUUUUGUCCAAGCACAGUAUAAGUUAUGUUUUCAAUUUGACGAGGAUGAUAAAAUAUUGAAGGAUGCUGCGCGUGUUAUUAAGGCAUUGUUCUAUGUAUUUGAUCGUUGUUGGGUUUAGAAAUUAAUCAGACCUGAUGUUACUUGUGCCAAUUUCCAGCUGCACCAAAGUAACUGUUCAUAUAGAUAUUCUGGGCCUGAAACUUUCCGAACAAUGACACCUGGGUUUCUUAGUUGAGGAGGUCCUAGGUUUUGCCGUGAAACCUUCAGAAAAAAAUUAGUCCUGGAUUUUGGAAUUAGGACUGACUUGUCUAAUUGACUUGGUUGUUCGCUGGGUUCAUUUCUGUUGUGCCACUUUAGCUGGGGCUGCUUUAAAGGAAACAAAUGGAAAAGACACUUAACCCAUAUGUUGAAUAAAAUAGGUGUCAUGGUUCGGGUUUUAUUGCAUGAAAAUCUUGCGACUCCUUAAACGUACUGCGUCUUACAGUUUUUUUUUUUUUUUUUCCAUGAGAAAUGACACAUAUAUGCAUCCUUUUCUUAACAAAAUCCUCACACCAAAGAAAUUGAAUAGUUGUACAACAGUGAACGAGUCUGCAAAAGUGUAUACCUUGGAAGUUUGUGUGGUGUGUCUGUAAAGGAGUGUUUGUCUCAUUUUUAACUGAUAGUCAUUUUGAGCUUUUGAUAUGGUUCAUAUAUCUAAGCCACGAGUAAUUAGAACAUUU